UGAUGAGAGGACUUCUUCUAACCUUUCUCCAAUACGUCAGAUAGAUGAUUUGUCCACAAGAUUGCGCGUAUAAUGAAUGUUCAGUUGUCGAUGGAAAGUAUUGGCGAUCUGCACGGAGUUAGCCAUGAGCAGCUAUCCGCCACAGAAGACCUGAUGGGUAGCAACAGCCCUCAUCACAGAACUCAUCGCGGCAGCCACUUGUCAUCCCACCCUCGCUCCAUGGGCAUGGCGUCAAUCUUAGACGCCGGGGACUAUCAUCACCACCGACCCUCGGACCACCUGCACCCAGCCAUGACCAUGGCUUGCGAGGCCCCCCCAGGCUUGAGCAUGAGCAGCACCUACACCACGCUGACCCCCCUGCAGCCGCUACCUCCCAUCUCGACCGUCUCGGACAAGUUUCCUCACCAUCACCACCACCCUCAUCACCAUCAUCACCCUCAUCAGCGGAUCCCCGGUAACGUAAGCGGCAGCUUCACCCUGAUGAGAGACGACAGGGCUCUGGCGUCAAUGAAUAACAUCUACAGUCCAUACCACAAGGAUGUUACCGGCAUGGGACAAAGCCUUUCUCCAAUGUCGGGACCAGGUUUGGGUGGCAUUCACAACUCCCAGCAGGGACUGCCACCUUAUGCACACCCGGGGGCCACCAUGCCCACGGAAAAAAUGCUAACACCUAACGGAUUCGAGGCUCACCAUCCUGCAAUGUUAGCUAGGCAUAGCGAUCAGCACAUGACCGCCUCCUCGGCGGGCAUGGUUCAAAUUCACCAUCACCCCCAUGCUCACCUAAGCGCUCAGAAUCACGGUCAAACAUUGGGUUCGACGAGAGAGCAAAACCCGCCUUCUGUACUUGGAUCCCAAGUUAACAGCGGAGGCAAUUCAGGGCAAAUGGAAGAGGUAAAUACCAAAGAAGUAGCCCAGAGAAUCACUACUGAGCUUAAGAGGUACAGCAUCCCCCAGGCCAUCUUUGCCCAGAGGGUGCUGUGCCGGUCGCAGGGGACCCUAUCCGACCUGUUACGGAACCCCAAACCCUGGAGCAAGUUGAAGUCCGGCCGCGAGACUUUCCGGAGAAUGUGGAAAUGGCUGCAGGAGCCCGAGUUCCAGAGGAUGUCCGCGCUUCGGCUCGCAGGUGAGCGCGCGCCAGCCUGCAAGAGAAAAGAGCAGGAACAUGGCAAAGGUGAGCGGGGCGGCAUCUCCAAGAAGCCCCGACUGGUCUUCACCGACAUCCAGCGGCGCACCCUGCACGCAAUAUUCAAGGAGAACAAGCGUCCAUCCAAAGAGCUGCAGGUCACCAUCUCCCAGCAGCUCGGGCUUGAGCUCAACACCGUCAGCAACUUCUUCAUGAACGCCCGGCGGCGGAGCCUGGAUAAGUGGAUGGACGACAGAGGCUCCCACUUAGCCAACUCAACUUCUUCAUCCAGCACUUGUACCAAAGCAUGAAGGCAUGGAGGUCGCAGACUGAAACCUCGGUGGAAAAGCUUUAAAAUAAUAAUUUUUAAGUCAAAGACCAGGCCCCUCAGGCAAAAGUUACACCUGGAAAGGCCAAAAAGACGACAGAAACAUUUGAAUUAUCCAAAGAAAAACCAAAGACUUUGUUCAUCUGCAUCAAUGCUUUAUUUCACGACUUGUUUCAGUUAAACAAUUUCGUAAAAAAAAGGAAAAAAAAACAAAAUGGAAAGAAAGAUAUUCACCAGAUUCUAGGCCCGUCGUACGCCUUUCAGCGUCGUCGCCACUCAGCACGCCGUCAUUGUCAUCGCUGAAUGUCAUGCUUGUUUUAUUGGAGGCUGACAGCAGACUCAUUUUUCGUUGUCAAACUGACAUGGCCGCAAAUCGUUAGGCGUCGAUUUUGCGUUGCCGCGCCGAGAAGGGUGUACGACAUCAGGCACAGAGAGCCACUGUGCACAGGGCAGAGCUGGCUUGUCCCAUGGAAGCGGCUUAAUGCUAGAGCAGGGGCCCGAGACAGGAGCCCAGUUCUGUCCGGGGGUCACUCGCUCGCCUCUGUCACGCUGCAAACUCACAAACACCCGGAAGCCCACUUACCCAAACUGAAAGACUUAUAUCUCGGCAAAGCUUGUUUUGAAUGUCACUAAACUUAGUAGUGCUUUCUUCCCACUUGUAGAAGACAUGCAGGAAAAAAAAAAAAAAAAACCUGCUUUU